UAUUUUUCUGACCAUUCGUGUCCGCGGCGUCCGUGGCAGUGCGAAGGACGAAUCGAUGAGUACUGCACCAACUCUAAGUGGAGAUGCGCUGAAAGAAGCGUUGAAAAGCCAAGUGGAAUUCUACUUCUCCAAGGCCAACCUCAUCAAUGACACGUUCCUUGUCUCGCAAAUGAACUCCCAAUUGUAUGUUCCCGUGGACGUGAUUGUGGGCUUCUCCAAGAUCAAGCAGCUCACCACCGACGUCGCGUUGGUCAUCGACUCCAUCAAGGACUCCAAGGUAUGCUCGUCGAGCCCCGAAGGCGAUGCCAUCAAGCCCAACAUCAAGUCGGAACGCAACACGAUCAUCCUUCGCGAAAUUCCUUCCGCCACCGAGCCCAAGGACGUGGAAGCAAUCUUCGAAGGCUGCGGCACUGUCGCAAGCGUGCGUAGUGACGUCGGCGACACGUGGUUCGUGACCAUGGCCACGGAAGAAGACGCCGUGAACACGCUCUUGGCGCUUCGCUCCAAGACGUUCCACGACGCGCCCAUCAAGGCGCGCCUCAAGUCGGAGAACGUUCUGCGCUCGUUCCUUCCAGAUGCGAGUGCCGCCCCGUCCGCGACCGCCACGCCGUACCAGCCCACGAACGGAUCUAUCUACGGCAACACGCCGUACUACAACCAGGCGGUGCCCAACGCGUUCGGUGUGCAAUACGCCGGUCGCACUCCGUUGACCAAGCCCGUCAAGGCGGCAAAAGCGGCGUCUAAGAAGGCCGCCGGUGCCACGCCCGCCGCCGCGGGACCCACGACCCCCACAAACGCAAAGAAGUCCAAGAAGAAGAAGGACGUUUCGACGGCGCCCGCUUCCAAAUCCGUCGGCAAACACAGCGAACGCCAGCCGAUCCUGAACUCGGCCAACUUUCCGCCGCUCCCGCUCACGAGCUCCAAUGGCGCCGACAUCACCUACAAGUACAGCCACGACGACAUUAUGGAGAUUGUCAAGCACAUGGAUGACACAGACGUCCUCCUUCCCGCGGGCAAGAUGGACUUUGAAACCCACGAGAGCGCGCUCACCCCCGUCGCGCACCCAGAUUUGCUCAAGAACCAGCGCACGUACAGUAUCGAACAGGCGCGGGAGGCGCUGCGUCAAGGCCGCCCCAUCCGCAGUGACUCGGUCGGGUCGGUCGACUACGAAAGCCUCAUGUACGGUGAAGAAUACACCAAGGAAGCGCGUGAGUUGCGCGCGGCCGCUGCCAAGGACGUCCCGGCGAAGGAGGUGAAGGUCGCUUCCUCGACGGCCACGGUGGUCGGAGGCUACGCGGCGGCGUUGAUCCACGGCACCCCCGUGGUGUCGCCCAAGAAAGCGGUAAAGGUGGUGGCGGACGUGGAUGUGGAAGCGUCGGCAGACAAGAAGGACAAGGCUGCUCCCGCGACCGAGAAGAAGACCCCCAAGAAGAAGAAGGACAAGGCCGCGGACGCGCCUCCUUCAGCGGCGCCCGUGGUGCUGACUGGCGCGUGGGGCGGACGGUCGUUUGUGGACGUCGUGACCAAGCCCAAGGAGGGUACAUCAGUAGAAAAGGAAGAUGAAUGAAUAGGGAGAGGAGGCGGCCGUGACGGGGAUGGUGUGUUGCAUUUUAGAGAUAAUACAUGGACAUUUUUGCAUGACUA